GACGGCCCCCAGAAGGUCUCCCUCACCCAGAGCAGAGGCGCAGGAGGCGAGCAGUCGGAGGGACGCACCGGGCCGCCAUGCAUUCCGUCGGCAAGUCGUGGCUGCUGCUCACCGGCUUCGUGCUCUUCUACGUCAUCUACCUGCUGUUCGGAGCCUUGGUGUUCUCCAGCAUCGAGCGGCCCGUGGAGGAGCAGCUGCGCCGCGACAUGGAGCGGCUGAAGGAGGAGUUCCUGAACCAGAGCUGCGUCAACGCCGCGUCCCUCGAACUGUUCCUCAACAAGGUUCUGGCGGCCAACAAGUACGGCGUGUCCGUCCUCAGGAACUCCUCGGGGACGUCCAACUGGGACCUGGCGUCCUCCAUGUUCUUCGCAAACACUCUGGUCACCACUGUGGGUUAUGGUCACCCCACUCCUCUGUCUGACACUGGAAAAGCCUUCUCCAUCGUCUACGCCCUGAUGGGAGUCCCCUUCACCAUGCUGGUGCUCACCGCCUGCGUGCAGAGAGUCAUGCACCCUCUGGUCCUCGCUCCGGUCAGCCUGCUGCAGCGCUCGGGCCUGAAGCCUCGGCCAGCCACCAUCGUGCACUUCCUGCUGCUUGUGAUUGUGGUGGUUCUGUGCUUCUUCGUGGCGCCGGCGGCCGUCUUCAGCGGUGUGGAGGUGUCCUGGACGUUCUUAGACGGCAUCUACUUCUGUUUCAUCUCCCUGUGCACCAUCGGACUGGGCGAUUUCGUUCCAGCCGCGCGGCCCGGGCAGCCGUACAGAGUGCUGUAUCAGAUUGCUGUCAUGGUCUACCUGUUCCUGGGGCUGAUGAUGAUGUACCUGCUGCUGCGCACCUUCCACAAGAUGGCCGACAUGCACGGCCUGACCACCCUCCUGCAGCUGCCGCGCUGCGAGGACUCUGUGCUGGACGACGACACGGAGCCCAUGGUGGACAACGACCCGACUCCCCCUCGCCUAAAAGACAAGGCCGCCAGCAAACCCCUGGAUCCGGGAUCCCAGCCGUCCUACAACUCCAUCAACAAAGGCUGAACCUGCAGACGGCGCGGGGGGGGCCUCUGCCGGUCCCCCUGGAUCGCUGGGCUGAAUCUGAACUCUUGUCUUAGUUUCAUUUGUUGUAGAACGCCUGAAGGAGAAAGGCGAGGAACUGGUGAAGCGGCAUGAGCUUUAAGGUUCAGCCGCUGCUGGAGGAUUUGACGUGUCCAGAACAAACUCUGAACAGAAUAACUCUGCAGAACCCUGCACAGGCUGAGAUGCCCAGCAUGCUGUUUUUACCUCUUCAACACGGCCAUCAGUCGGUUUAGGCUCUGUAAAACGACACAUGAGGGGGUUUGGUCAGCAGCUUCUUUUAAAUCACUCUGGUCUGUUGUAUAUUAGCUGUUUUUUUGGUUCUUUUUGUGCCACAUGUUUGGGUUUCUAAUAUAAAAUAACAAGUAAUAUUUUUUUUUUGUUUUUUGUUUUUUUAACAGGACCUACUUUAAUUUGUCCCGCCUCAUCCCUGAGUAUCCAGAUCUGCUCAUUGGCAGUAAUGACCGUUUAAAUAAAUGUCACAGUUCUUAAUGUUUCCUAAAUAUUACUGGGUCAGAUUUGCUGAGAAAUUGGUUGCUUGGAGGAGCGCAGAAAACCAAAGAGGCGUUGCUGGUUUUUCCUGCUGCUGGUGGCCCUUUGGCGUGUAAUGCAACAUGUUUGAGGAAGAGCUCCUUCAGAACUGGAACAAAGGGUUUGAUUACAGGAAAAAGCGGACGAGGAGCUGAGAUUGCAGUUGAUGAGACUAGAAACCAGAAUUUAAACACACCCUGGGCCGGGUCUGUGUAAUUCCAUUCGGAGAAAUACUUGAAAUGUGCUUUAAAUAGUAAAGUGUGUAUGUAUGUGUGCGUGUUGAAGUGUGU